AUGAACGCGUGUACAAACGCGACCUGCAACAACCAAAUUGGGUCUCCCAACCUUUUUUCGGGGAAUAUUGAAGCUGCGAACUAUGAUUACUUGGUCAACAAAACGUCGACAUAUGUUUUUCUCGCAACAUUCUCCCUUGUGACUGUGCUGCAUAUUCUUCUUGGUAUCUAUUGGAGAAAGUGGUGGACGCUGUAUACCCUCUGUAUUGGAUCUAUGUUGGAAUCGAUUGGAUGGGGAGGACGAUACUGGAGUGCGAAAACACUCUUUUGGGAUCCAACGAAUGGGGGAUCGUGGUCUAGUGAUGAUCAAGGUUUUAUUAUGCAAAUCGUUUGUCUCAUUAUUGCACCCACGUUUUUCUCUGCAGCAAAUUACAUUCUAUUAGGAAGAUCUCAAUACAGCUCGAUUACCGCUUCUUCCUUUUCAAAGGUGUUUACGUUUGCCGAUUUUAUCUGUUUACUGAUACAGUGCAUUGGUGGAGGAAUGGUCGGCACUGCUGAGACUGAUGAAGGUAUGAGGAAUGGAUUACACGUCAUGGCUGUGGGAGUCAUCGCUCAAAUUGUUGUCACUGUUAUAUUUUCCAUCUUCUUCGCAGAGUUCUACCUGCGAUGCAGCCGCAACCGUCCUGCCAUGAAGACUGUCAAUUUACUUGCUUGGCUCAGAUUCUUCAAGAGGUGUGCAAUGCCAAGCAAAUCUUCUUCGAGCUCGCCAAGUGGAACUAUCAGUGAAGCUGAAAAAGGAUCUCAACCACUUAUGACUGACCAGACGCCGUCCAUGGUACAAGGUCCGCAAAGAAUCACUUGGCUGCAGGGGGCAUUGCUAGCGUCCAACCUCCUUGUUCUAGCCAGAUCAACCUAUCGAGCAGUAGAGCUUCUCAGUUUCAGCCCCGAGAAGCCGGGAGCUUACGCAGACCAGAACCUGUUCAUUGCUAUGGAUGCUUCUUUGAUGCUUCUCCUCCUUGUUAUAUAUGUUGUAGCUCACCCCGGACUUCUAGAUGGCCGAAAGCUGUUUUGA